AUGGGUCAAGUGUUUAGCAAAAUUUUUGGAAAGCUAUGGAGUCUGAAUAAAGAAAUACGUAUAUUGAUUCUUGGAUUGGAUGGAGCAGGGAAGACUACAAUUUUGUAUCGAUUACAAAUUGGAGAGGUUAUUAAAACCAAACCAACGAUUGGAUUUAAUGUUGAAACGUUGACAUAUAAGAAUCUCAAAUUAAAUGUUUGGGAUCUUGGUGGGCAGACUUCUAUAAGACCAUAUUGGAGAUGCUAUUAUGCCAAUACUGCAGCAGUAAUAUUUGUUGUUGAUUCGACGGACAAAGAUCGUAUUGAGACAGCUAGUAAAGAAUUACAUAUGAUGUUAAGAGAAGAAGAAUUAAGUGAUUCAGCAUUGUUGGUGUUUGCAAAUAAACAGGAUCAACCUGGAGCCAUGACAGCUGCGGAAGUCUCAAAAGCAUUAAAUUUAGUGGAGUUGAAGGAUAGAAGCUGGAGUAUUGUGGCAAGUAGUGCGAUCAAAGGAGAGGGAUUAAGUGAGGGACUAGAUUGGUUGAUUGAUGUUAUCAAAGACGAGCAACUUUAA